AUGAUAUGGAGGAGAUGUAUAUUGGGGUUGAUUAUUGUGGCUUGCCCCGGUGUUGCUCAGCUUGUGGUGUCUUUGGUCAUUGACUGUUCGAUGCCUCCUCUGGGAGCUUCAACCAAGAGGGUUUGGAGCCCGAAGAAAUUGCAGGUUGCACCAAUACAAGAGGUGGGUAAUGUGGUUUCUAAUCAGACAGUUGGGGAGAAAGAACCAGUGAAAGAUGGGAUUAUUGUUGAGAAUGCUGGGGAGGGAGUGUCCGAGAAGGGUAAGGAAGUAAUAGUUGAUUCCACUCCUCCAGUCACUCCGAGUCCACUUCCCUCACAGGAGGAGUUUAACAAAGUCAUAAAUGGAGCUAAAUUGAAGUCUAUCCCUAGGAAGUCUACACCUGUCUUGCACUCUAAUGCCUUUGAGCUGCUUUGUGGGAGAGAUAUCAAAUUACAGGCUCCUCAGAAGAAACUAGGAGGGCGUGAGGGGCUUAGGAGUAAGGGAGCCACAAAGGUGGCUGCUCCUCAUAAAUGA